AUGGCAUCGACUUCUCCGUCAGCAAUCCUCCGACAACGCAUUGAGGCUACCGUCAAAUCUUUCUUGGCCACAUUUGAAGACGGCUCGAACCAGAAUGACGCAUCCAUAAUCAACCGCGAUGUCACCGACGACUGCAAAAGAUACCUCUUGCCUGCGCCAUUGCGUCAGGCCUUUGGGCUCCCCAAUGACUUUUUCUUUGACAAUGCGAAGUUUCAAGAAACCUUUGCAAAGGACAUCAGCGUAUUGAAAUUCAGGAACAACGUUCUUUCCGAUCUGGUCAUUGACACCGAGGCCCGUCGGGCCGCAUUCACUGCCAUCGCGGAAGUUCAUGAAAAGACUGGGGAGAUGUACUUAUCCGAGUCCGCCUGGUUCUUAUACCUCAACGAGGAUGGAUCGAAGGUCGAGAAGGCAACCGAGUUUUGCGACAAGGACACAAUCGUGAGGAUGGCACAGGCGAGCGCAUAG